AUGAGUAACCUCGACCAACCACCCCCACUAGCCAGACUCAGAGUCCCAAUCCUGGUUCCUCCUCCAACGCCAAGAUUUCUUACUCCAGAUUCUGUCAAGAUUUCCCUUCUUCUUUCUCAUCAAAAAUGGUUCGAAUACACAGACCCUCUGACCUGGAAUCAAGAUGUGCUGAGAGAGCUUGUCGCAUCCCCCGAGGUCUACGAGCAAAACAGCAUGCUUGUUUCCUACAAGCCUCGUCCCAAGAUUGAUAGGAAGGUCGAAACUUCUACAUUGGAUCUGGGUACCUUGAGCUGUCUGUCUUUAGAAGUGAUCCAAGAAAUCAUGAACAACAUGGACUUGCUCACUCUGGAACGAUUCGCCCGAACCUGUCGUUAUGCCCGCAUAAUCAUGACCUGUCAUCCAACUUACAACUUUCUAAUGAAACACUCUCCUCACGUCCGCGAUUUACUCUCCAACACAAGGCUUCUGUACUGGCACAGUAUCCUCAACAUCAAGGCCGAGCUUCAAUUCCCAAAAUGUCGCUCCUGCGACUCAACAGCCUCAUACCUCUACCUUCCAACCUGUGAGCGCAUCUGUCCAACAUGCUGCAACCACAACAAAAACUACUGGUGCAUUGACAUCCACGACGCAAAAGUCGCGUUCGCCCUCGAGAUUAUCGACAUCAAAUGUCUCCCGAUCAUCAGAAUCAAGCCCCAAGGCAACAAAUCCCGAUUCCCCGGCGUAAUGAAUGCAACCGAAUGGCUAUGCCCAAUCAAAUGCGCCUUUGAAUCAGCUCUCAAACGCUGGAAAACCAUCUCCGGCCUCCAACACGCCGCUCAGGAAAUUUCGCCAGAUAGAUACGAUGACGCGACUGCUCUUGAACGUGCAGAUGCUCGACGCUACCGAUUCUUUCGCUCCCCUGUCCCCGAAGUAACAGGUGAUCCGUCUCUUAAGUUGAAGGCGCCCCGUCUUGCAGCCGGACAUUCUUUAGCUCAAACAACUGCUACUAUGAUUCCGCAUGUUGAGCGGAGCUAUGAUGUACCUAGCAUGCGGUAUAUGUGUAAGGGUUGCUUGUGGGCUUAUGAACACAAGCUUCGUCCUCGAAAAGAUGUGUUGGAGUACAUGGGGUUGGAUCCGGGGUUGGAUCCGUUUGAGAUUGUGAGGAUUUUCGAGCGCAGAACUCAUAUGUCGAGAACUUGGCCCGAGAUGGUGGUACAUUUUACCAAGUGUAUCGGGGCGGGCAUUCCCAUGUGGAUGAACAAGUGUAAUGAGGAAGAUAAGGUGACGCUUCAAUUACAACACCAGACCCAGCAGCAGCAGUGA